AUGACACCGGCUACUAUAGAGGUUACCACCACAUUCAACCAUGGUUUCAAUGAUGAUGAUGCUGCUGACUUUCCUGUUUGGGAGAAAAUUGGUGUUGUUGUGAGACUCAGUUAUGGCAUCAAUGUUUCUCUUCAAGGGCUUGGGUAUGCAGUUCCUCCAACUAUGGAUCAUCUUUUUAUACUUGAUGAUGAAGUUGUGAAGCUAUCACCUCAUGCUCAUGCCAUUAGAGAUGUAGAAGACGAAGAGCUAUGGAGUUUUUUUAUGGCAUGUCUCCUUUGCAGUUUACGGAGGAAGCGAGGGAAAGAGUGGCGUAAGAUUGCUCACAUUCCCUCCAUAAUUAUCGACGACAAAUUAAUCACAUGA